GGUUAUCGAUAACUAUAAAAGCAGACGCUAUCGAUUAGUUAUGUGUUGCGGGCGUGUCGCCGUUCUUUAAUUAAUUCAUAUUUAGUUUUGUGAAUAAAAGCCAUUUAAAACAAAUAAAUGUGUAUUGCUUUGUAUGUGUAAAGAUGUUUAAAGUCUUGUUGAACUUAAGCAUAUUAUGCACACUGCACUUUAUUGUAACUCACGCACAACAUCACUAUGAUGAACAUAAGACUAGCAACAUUAUCUGGUGCACAAAAAGCAUUGAAGAGCAAUACAAAUGCCAAAACUUGACUGUAGCUAUUGAACGGGAUCGCGCACUCUUCGAUGACGUAUUUUUGAAUCUGACAUGCCAUAUGGCCUACAGUGCAGAGGAAUGUAUUCAUCAUCUGGAUCGCGAAAAGGCACAUAUUACAACGCUGGACGCUGGAGAUGUUUUCACAGCUGGUCGAUACAACUCUCUCAUCCCCAUAAUGCAGGAGAAAUUAGAGGGAGGAUUUUCUGAAUAUUAUUCUGUGGCUGUUGUCAAGAAGAAUACACUCCAGGACGUAACUGAGCUGCGACAACUUCGUAAUAAGAGAGCUUGUUUCCCUUGGGUUGGCAGUCUGGCUGGUUGGAUUGUUCCAAUCUAUAUGUUGCAACAUCAUGGUAAUAUGGAUGUGGUCGAUUGCAACAACCAGGUAAAAACUGCUGCCAACUAUUUCAACAAUUCCUGCGCUGCAUAUUCACUGAUUGAUAGAUACAAUCCAAUUGGUGACAACUCAGACAAGCUUUGUGCUUUAUGUACGGGUAAAAUCGCUGGAGGUCGUUGCUUGGCGGCUGAUCCUUAUUUUGGAUACGAAGGCGCCUUCCGAUGCCUACUUGAAGUGGGCGAUGUUGCCUUUUUGAGGUCUUCAACAGUCCCAGAAAUGCUGCAAACCACAGAGUUCCAAAAAUUAUCACCCGACACAUUUGAGUUGCUUUGUCCUGAUGGUCGUCGAGCCGCUAUUGCUGAUUAUCGCCAAUGCACUUGGGGUCAAGUACCUUCGGAUGCCGUUGUUACAUCCUCCGCUCGCAGUUUCCGGGACAGAAAGCAGUACCAACAAUUUUUGAAACGUAUUGCUGAAUUGUAUUCAGAUGCCGUGCGUGAGAAUCCAAACAAUCAGGCGCAGACUGGCGGAGGCUAUAACGCCUAUGAUCGAAACAACUACAAUGAGCAAGGACGAAACAAUCAAUAUGACAGUUUCAACAAUCCGUACGAUACCAAUAACAAUCCUUACGGUAGAAACCCAAAUCAAAACCAGUACGAUCAAUUCGGCAACGUUAAUUAUCGAAAUGAAAGACUGGACAACAGCUUUACAACGGAGCGCAAUCCACUGGAUGGCAACAACACAUUAAUGCCUUUUGAAAAAUUCCGCAUAUUUGAAUCAAAAAGAUACGGAAGAUCGAAUUUGUUAUUCCAGGAUUCCUCCAGAGCUCUCACUGCCAUUCCAGAAGACGAUCAGUCCUUCACGAGUUAUUUGCAAAAAUCUAUCAAUUAUAUAUAUGGCAUCCGUGAAUGUCCUGUUUCCGCGAUGACUCUCUGUGUGACUUCAGAGCCAGAACUGGAGAAGUGUAUCAAAAUGCGGACUGCACUUAAGGCACAAAUAUUAAAACCAGAGUUGAUCUGCAAAAAGAUGCAUUCCCAUAUUAACUGCAUGCAACUUAUUCAAUCUGGAAAGGCAGACAUAUCUGUGUUUGAUGCCGGAGAUGUGUAUACUGGCGGAUUAAACUACGACUUGAUUCCAUUCAUGUCCGAGGUGUACAAUUUGGGUGAGCCGGAGUAUUAUGUUGUGGCUGUUGCUAAAGAGGAAGAUCCAGAUACCGAGCUUACAUAUCUGAAGGGCAAGAACACUUGUCACACUGGCAUUAAUACUGCCGCUGGCUGGACCUAUCCAAUGGCUUUCCUCAUUUCGAACGGUUGGAUUCGACCGUACGGAUGCGAUUCGAUUCGUGCCGCAGCAGAGUACUUUACCAAAUCUUGUGUGCCGGGAGCCAUUAGCAGUGAAUAUAACACCGGAGUACCUUACGACAGCAUGUGCGAUCUCUGCCAUGGUACCAGCUUCAGAUAUUGUCGACGUGAUGCAUCGGAGGAUUAUUAUGGACAUACGGGCGCUUUCCGUUGCCUCGUCGAGGGCGGUGGCCAUGUGGCAUUUAUGAAGCACACCACAGUCAUGGAAAGUACGGGUGGAAAGCGUAAGGAAUGGUGGGCAAGAAAUGCUCUAAAUGAUGAUUUUGAACUCCUUUGCACCGAUGGAACUCGCGCCGAGCUACAAGAUUAUAAACGCUGCAAUUUGGGCAAAGUUAAGGCCAACGCUAUUGUAACCCGUGGAGGUGUCAACUAUAAUGAAACCCAAUUGCAUGCAUACAUCAACCUGUUGACCUAUGCUCAACAAUUAUACGGUCGGAAGGAUGUGGAUGCCUUUAGUUUCAGCAUGUUUUCAUCGCCUUACGGACAUUAUGAUUUAAUCUUCCAAGACGCAACUCGACAAUUGGAAGUAAUUCCACGAGAAAGUCGCCGAUAUGAUACGUAUUUGGGUGGAAACUAUAUGAGGGCUCGACGAAUUACCGAUUGUUAUGCUGGCGCUGCCCAAAUAACUAUUUCAAUAUUCUUACUACUAACAAGCUGUCUUGCUUUGAGAACACUACUCUGAUAGCUAAAGAUAUUUUUAAAGAUUUUCCAAAACCAUUCCAAACAGGAUAACAUUAUCCAAAUGAUAUGUAGACCCGUAACACUUCGAAUAUCCAAUACGAAUCUCACACUCUACUACAAAACAUACAUAUCUUUAUAUCUGUAGUAACUACUUUUUGGUAGCUAAAACAAACCCAAUUUGAUAGGAAAAAUCAUGAUGCUUGCGGUAUUUAAACUGCUAGCAAUAUAGACUUUAGUGCCUUAAUGUCCGUCCUCAGUACAAGAUUAUUUAAUACUGCGAAUCUUUAUUGUUUAAUGAAAUUGAAUUGCCUUUAAAGUGACAGCCAAGCGAAACAUUCUCUACUUUAAAUGUAAAAUAUUUUUAACAUAAGACAAAACACUACAAAUAGGAAUACAUUUUUGUUGCAAAUGUUUUAAUAAGUCAAAUCGUACAACUUCUCCGUCCAUGAAAUUGGCUGUAUUUGCUUGAAUUUUAUAAGCCAUACAAACAUAUUUAUAUACAAAUGAAAAGUGUAUUUAUAUUAAACUAUUUUUAUAAACAAUCAAAA